AUGGAGCAAUGUUCAAAGAAAAAAUCACUUGUUACUAUUCGAAAAUGGCUUGAAACAUCUAAAUAUCAACAAAUAGAACCUCUAGUAAAUAAGAGUAAUUUUAAAAAAGUUAAUGGACAGAAAUGUUUGCCAUAUACAAAUGUAAAAAGAAAAUCAACAAGUCGAAAACGAUGUGGUGGUCCACCGUGGCUACACCCACAAAACACAUCAUACAUUCCUUUAUCAACUACUAUUUGUUCGCAAUCUCGUUCAGUAACCGAUAAACUCUAUAGUCUUUACUGUACAGUCAAAGAUGUUCUCUUUACAACACAUAAUAGCACAGAUCAAUCAACUAGGAGACAAUUAUCACGUCAUUCAUGCUCGUGUACAUCAGUCACCGCAUAUUCUCUUCAAAUCUUGCCAUCUUGUUCUGAAUUAAUAUCAAAACAGCAGAGAGAUCAAAUAUCACCCACGACAGUAAUUCUAGAGCAAGAAUCCGUUAUCGAACAGAAUAAAAAUAACCCAAGCCUCAUCGUGGUCGAUUACACAUUUAAACUUCGAGUAACAUUCUUUGAAGCGUACUUAGAUAUUCGCUGUAUAUUUCUAGAAGUUAUAAACGUUCAUCGUAUAAAACGCUCAUUAGAGGAUGAAUAUUUAGUUUGCAAACAUCGCUCUUAUGCAGAUUCUUUUUCAGCUUCACUGGCAUCUAUCGAUAGUAAACAAUGUUGCAAAAAAUGUUCUAAUAACCGUUCAAAACACACAAAAUCUACACAAACUCAACAACGAUAUCCGAAUGAUGCAUCUCUUGCAAUCAAGUUGAAGAAGGAGCAAGAAACAAUUGGAGAUAACAUAUCUGUUGUUGAGAAUCCAAAGCCGACUUGUAUUGAUGAGAAACUAGAACAGAAUACGGAGAACGAUGUUACAUUAACUCGACUUGAUAAUGGAGACACAACAAGCGAACAACAGUGGUUUCGUUCAUCUAUUACCUCAAAUGUUGAAGUUUGCUUAAUUCAAGAUAAUCAAGUACCAAAUCAGACGAUGUUUCCAGUACAUCCACCUCAGUAUCCAAUAUUUUAUAAUCCAUAUUGUUUUUCAAUCAAUUACUUGGGUAAACGUCGAUUGCCAUAUACUCCAAUGUUUUUACCAUGUAGUCUUCCACCAGUACCUAUCGGUGCUGGUGAUUGUGUAACAUUGGAUUUAUCACCUUUAAUAGAGAAAAAUGCGAUUAAUUCCCAUGAAUCCAUGAAAACAACUGACUCUAAUUCAAAAAAUAUCACUGCUCAAGAUCAUCAGUUGUCUGAUAUAUCAGCAGCUGACAGAGUAAAAAUCUCGUUACCAUUGUCCACAUCGGAUUCCUUAUCCAUUUCUCCAUUAAAUGCGGUGAAAAAUGGCACAAACUUCGAGCUUAAUCAAAGUGAAUGUGCCUCAAACCGUUCAUCAUUAUCAGCUAGAUCGCAACAAAAAACUGAUAAAUCAAUAAAUUUUAGUUUAAAAUCAAAAGAAUCCGCUACUGACACAAGAAUAUUAAAUUUUGAUUGUCGAAAUUGUUUAAUUGAAUGCUACCAUAAUGAUGAGCAUCCAUCAACUCCUGCGAAACAAACAGUUUACUUUUUGAGCAACAAAAAUAAUAAUGCAGUGGUAUCGUCGCUAUGGUCAAAUCCGAAAUUUUUUAAAAAAGAGGCGUGGAGUAUCCUUAAAUUAACUGAACAACGUAAACAAGAUAGUUGA